GCUCAAAUCAUUCACUCAUUAUAUCAACACAGCUGCACAGUGGACACAUGACUUUACUGUGGUAUUUAAGAGCAGUGGAUAUUUUGUAAUGUACUUAGAGUUUAGUCGGUCUGUAUAAAGAGCUGCUUUUUAAAUAAAAACAUAGAAAAAAAGUCGAAGAGCAUGAAAAAUCCUAGUUGUAUGAAUAAGGUCUUUUAAACUUCAUUGAAACAUGUUGCUGGCAUCAAAUAGAAAAUGAGCAGAUAUAUCAGAGAGACGAGUUUGUGUGUUUGUCAGCUGUUUGUGUGGAGUUGUUCUUUAUGUUCACCUCAAAUCAGCCUGAGUGUCAUUUCUCUUUAGUUCUGAUCUCACUGCUGAGCUGCACAACAAACCAAGGUCAGUAACCUUCUUCUGUCACAGUUUAAACCUGAGAAAUGCUCACUGAUAUGACCUGAUUGGGUUCAUGUAUCAGAAAACUGAUAAUUUAAAGUGUAACCACACCAUUAUCUCAGGCUACGUCCACAUUUACAUUGGUAUUUUUGAAAACUGAGAUUUUCCGUUUUAAAAGAAAUCCUGUCCACACGUGCAGUUUUUGGAAAAUAUCUCCGUCCACAUGUAAACGCCAAAAACGCAGUGAAACGUUGUCACGAACAUGCCAAAUCCUAGCCAUGUAAAAUCUUGGCAAUCAGAAGUCUGGAAGCCUUGGAGGGAAAGAGUAAACAGGGUUUUAUGCAAACCUUAAGUACUUCUGAAAAGUUUUUGUGUUUUUCUGAAAAGGGAGUUAAUUUUGGGUCACUUUUCAAGUGCCUUCAACAUUUAAAAUGUUAUUAACCAAAGACAGUAUUUUGGCUGGUGUAGACUCACAACUUAGGAAUGAACAAAAUGCAUAGAGCAUACAGAAAUGUAAAAUUAAAAUUUAUUCAAAACUGACCAUGACGUCAGGAUUUGUGGGAGCAUCUUUGUUGAAUGAAGAAGUUCACUCUGAUGGCUCUGUCUUUCUAAAUGGAGGGACAGUGACUGUGUAUGUAUAUGUAAGCAUGUAAAACUGCAGAUAAUAAGAUUAACAGCGACAGUAUUUUGUCUAUAUCUGCCAUUGUAGAAAUUCAUCUCACUUAAUAAUAAUAAUAAUAAUAAUAAUAAUAAUGUGGCGCACAGAGUGACGUGGAAAAAGGUGCAAACCUUUGACGUUGCAUGACUAAAUCUGUUUUCCUUGUCCACACCUGAACGCAAAACCGGAGUUUUCAAAAAGCUGCAUUUUAAAAAAUACAUGUGUACAUGUGGACAUAGCCUAAGUUUGAACUAAAGUAUAACUGAUUAGAAGUUGAUGUUUUGUGAGUUUUUCAUUGUAACCCUGACAGCUCGUCUGACUGCGAGUCCCAGCAGCUCUCAGAUCUUCGAAGGAGACUUUGUGUCUCUGAGCUGUGAGGAGGACGACAGCUCUGCUGGAUGGACUCUGAGGAGAAACACAAGCAAACAGCAGAGGACUCAGUGUGGAGAUGGGUGGGGGAAAGCAGCUGGAGCAUCAUGUAACAUCAGUUACAUUCAGCCCUGGCACAGUGGAGUUUACUGGUGUGAGUCCAGAGAGGGUCCCAUCAGUAACAUGGUUAACCUGACAGUCACUGGUGGAUCAGUGAUCCUGCAGAGUCCUGUCCUCCCUGUGAUGGAGGGAGAUGACGUCACUCUGCUCUGUAAAACAAAGACCACUCCCUCCAACCUCCCAGCUGCUUUCUAUAAAGAUGGCUCCCUCAUCAGGAAGCAGCCUACAGGUCACAUGACCAUCCAGCAUGUUUCCAGGUCUGAUGAAGGCCUCUACAAGUGUAACAUCAGCGGUCAUGGAGAGUCUCCAUCC